AUGAAAGACGCGGAACAAAGACGCAUGUCCUCGUGGAGUGUUUUGCGCUUCUUUUUUCUCUUGUAUUGUGCUGAACAAAUUUCGGCCCAAAUAAGGUACUCUGUUCCAGAGGAAGUUAACGAGGGAUCCAUUGUGGGAAAUAUUGCUAAGGAUUUGGGGCUUGAUGUUCGUACUUUGGUGGAGAGGCGGUUCCGCAUUGUCUCUGGGUCUAAGGACGCUCUUUUCCAGGUAAAUGAGAAGAACGGCGUCAUGUAUGUUCUAAAAAAAAUCGACAGAGAGGAACUGUGUGACAGCAAAAUCACCUGUUACGUUAAUUUAAAAAUUGCUGUUGAAAAUCCAUUAGAAAUCCAUCACAUUUCAGUAGAAAUAACGGACAUAAACGACAACACCCCCAGUUUUUCCGAGAAUGAACAACAUUUUGACAUAGCCGAGCACACCCGUACAGGGACGCGUUUUCAGCUGCACAGAGCACGAGACCCAGAUAUAACACAGAAUUCUGUGCAUUUAUAUAAAUUAAGCCAGAGUGAUUAUUUUGAUAUCGAUACUAGAAAUGGCGAUGAGGAAAAAAUACCAUUUUUAGUGUUGAAAAAACCUCUGGACCGUGAAAAUAUAGCAGAACACCAACUCGUCCUAACAGCAGUAGACGGUGGAAAUCAGCCGAGAUCUGGGACUCUCAACGUGACUGUUACCGUUCUCGAUAUAAAUGACAACCCUCCAGUUUUCAGCCAGGACAAAUAUUCAGUUGUUAUACACGAAAAUGCUACUGUUGGCUCAAUCGUGACGAAGAUAAAUGCGACAGAUAUCGACGAAGGUUCUAACAGUGAAAUUGAAUAUGCCCUGGGUAAGACGUUAAAGCGUAAAGUAUAUGAUACUUUCCAAUUGGAUCAUGUCACAGGUGAAUUAAAAAUAAAAGGAGAGUUGGACUUCGAGGACACGGAGGUUUAUAAACUAGACGUGCUAGCGACCGAUAAAGGACAGCCUCCCUUAACCACUGAAAGUAGAGUCAUAAUAAGGAUUCUCGAUGUAAACGAUAAUAAACCAGAGUUAGAAGUGACGUCGCUUUCUAAUGUGGUAUCUGAGGACUCUAAGCCAGGCACAGUUAUUUCUCUGGUUAGUAUAUCAGAUAAAGACUCCGGAGUUAAUGGCAAAGUAUUGUGCAGCCUCUCAGACAGUUUGCCAUUUCAAUUAAAGCAAUCUUUCCAGGACAAUAUGUAUUCUUUAGUGACCAAAGGGUCUUUAGACAGAGAACUCAUAUCUAAUUAUGACAUCACAAUAACAGCAACUGACAUGGGUCAACCUCCUCUGUCCACGUUUAAAACACUAAACGUGCAAGUGUCAGAUGUGAACGACAACAGUCCACAAUUUUCUCAAAAUCCAGUUGAGUUUUAUCUGGUUGAAAAUAACGCUCCGGGAGCGUUAAUAUUUUCGGUAAGCGCUUCUGACAAGGACAUAAAUGAAAAUGCUAUGAUAUCAUACCGUAUUGUUAGAGGUAAUGGGUCACAAAAUGACAUGACAUCUUUCCUCAAUAUCAAUUCUGAGAACGGAAAUAUUCAUGCAUUAAAGAGCUUUGACUUUGAAAAAGUGAAAGCUUUUCAGUUUCAUGUAGUUGCCACAGACAGUGGUGUUCCAUCGCUGAGCAGUAAUGUAACCGUUAAAGUGUUCAUACUUGAUGAGAACGACAACAUGCCAGUGAUCUUGUCUCCAGUCAGUACUAACGGCUCUGCUGAAACAGUAGAGGAGAUUCCCCGAAAUGUGAACGCAGGCCAUUUGGUGACUAAAAUCAGAGCAUAUGACGCCGAUAUUGGAUACAAUGGCUGGUUAUUAUUCUCACUACAGGAAAUUACUGACCACAGUCUCUUUGGUUUGGACCGCUACACAGGACAGAUAAGGACCCUUCGCUCAUUCACAGAAACAGACGAGGCUGACCAUAAACUGGUCAUAGUGGUCAAGGACAACGGGAACGUUUCACUUUCAGCAACGGCAACUGUGAUUAUCAAGGCUGUGGAGCCCAAAGAAGCAUUUGCGGCCUCUGAUGAUAAAGGCGCUGUGAAAGAGGAUGAGGAAAACAGCGCGACGUUUUAUUUAAUCAUUACAUUGUGCUCUGUGUCAGUGCUUUUUCUGAUUACUGUCAUCGUGUUGAUUGUAAUGCAGUGCUCCAAACCUACAGACUACACUUCCAAGUAUUUACAAGACACAACGUAUGACGGAACAUUGUGUCACAGCAUCCAAUAUAGAUCUGGCGACAAACGAUACAUGUUAGUUGGGCCCAGAAUCAGUAUGGGUUCUACCAUAAGCCCGGGCAGCAAUGGGAAUACGUUGACUGCAGACAGCCGACACGAGUCGACUUUAGGGGUGAGAGUGAUUCUGCAUUCUCUUCUUGCACUGUUCUUUUAUGAAGAAGCGUUUUCUCAAAUUCGCUACUCUGUCGCAGAGGAAUCAAAGCAAGGGGCCGUUGUGGGAAAUAUUGCAAAGGAUUUGGGAUUUGAUGUGGCUAAACUGAUCGAGCGCAGAUUUCGGAUUGUGUCGGGCGCAAACGACAGUCUUUUACAAAUAAACCAAGAGAAUGGCGCACUGUUAGUCGGUGGGAAUAUCGAUAGAGAGCAACUGUGUGGGAAAAUUAGCUUGUGCUCACUUAAUCUCAAAAUCGCAGCAGAAAAUCCUUUGGUAAUACAUUAUAUUGAGGUUGAAAUAACGGAUAUAAACGACCACUCACCACAAUUUCCUGAAAACGUAAAACAUUUGGAAGUAUCUGAGAAUGCCGUGCCACAUGGUACUCGCUUCCCACUAGAUCCCGCGCGAGACCCAGAUGUCGGCAUAAAUUCGCUGCGUAAGUACAUACUCAGUCCAAAUGAUCACUUUGAACUGGAUGUUAAAACUAGGGGCGAGGAAAAAAUACCUUUUUUGAUUCUGAAAAGGGCGUUAGACAGAGAGCAAAAAUCUCAGUUAGCUUUAAUACUGACAGCUUAUGACGGAGGGAUACCCGAGAAGUCAGGUAUCUUAAAUGUUACUGUUAAGGUAAUUGACAUAAACGACAACGCACCGGUUUUUGAUCGACAGGUGUAUACUGUGAUUUUAGAUGAAAAUUCUCCUCUAGGUACGUCUGUAGUACGUUUACACGCCACAGAUUUAGACGAAGGCGCUAAUGGACAAAUUGUGUACACCUUUGACAAAACUCUUAAAAACAAAGCGUUUGAGUUAUUUGAGAUAGAAGCAAGCACAGGAGAGAUAUUUGUAAAAGGGUUGAUCGAUUUUGAGGAACAAAGCGUUUACGAAAUUGAUGUUCAGGCUACUGACAAGGGGCCGGUGGCCUUGACUGGUCAAUGUAGUGUCAUUAUUGAUGUGAGAGAUAUAAAUGACAACGCUCCAGAGAUUGAGGUAACUGCUCUGUCCAGCCACCUACCAGAGAACGCGAGUCAAGGCGCAGCUGUAGCACUCAUUAGCAUUUCAGAUAAGGACUCUGGAGAAAAUGGUGUCGUAAUAUGUUCUCUUCCAGAAGAGUCUCCUUUUGAGUUGAAACCAUCUUUUCAGAGUAAUGUUUACUCCUUGGUUACCAAGGCUCGACUGGACCGAGAGAGUACGCCCAUGCACUUUGUAACCAUAACCGCUACUGACAAGGGAGACCCUUCCCUGUGCGCUUACAAAACAAUCAAGGUAGACAUUUCAGAUGUUAAUGAUAACAGGCCAAUCUUUUCCGAAAAUCCGUAUACUUUUUAUAUGUCAGAAAACAACACACCAGGUGCAUCGAUAUUCUCACUGAGUGCGUCAGAUAUGGACCAGAAUGAGAAUGCUCAAAUAUCCUAUCAUAUUGAGAAAGGCGAGAGUACCGAACAAAACGUAGUGUCCUAUCUAAAUAUUAAUUCUGAGGAUGGUACCGUUUACGCGUUAAAACGCUUUGAUUUUGAGAGAACAAAAAAGUUCCAAUUCCAAGUGAUCGCCAGAGACUCCGGAAGUCCGCCUCUAAGUACCAACGUAUCAGUGAACGUGUUUAUCCUGGAUGAGAACGACAACGCUCCUGUGAUACUAUCUCCACUUAACGUUAACGGCUCUGCAGAGGGUGUGGAGGAGAUUCCGCGAAAUGUGAACGCAGGCCAUUUGGUGGCCAAAGUGAGAGCAUAUGACGCUGAUAUAGGAUACAAUGGCUGGUUGUUAUUUUUUUUGCUCGAAGUCACUGACCACAGUCUUUUUGGUUUGGAUCGCUAUACAGGACAGAUAAGGACCCUUCGCCCAUUUACAGAAACAGAUGAGGCUGAGCACAAACUGAUCAUAGUGGUCAAAGACAACGGAAACGUUUCACUCUCAGCAACGGUGACUGUGAUUAUAAAGAUCGUGGAGCCAAAAGAAGCGUUUGCGGCUUCUGAUAUUAAAAGCACAGUAAUAGAAGAUGAGGAGAACAACAUGACGUUUUAUUUAAUCAUUACAUUGUGCUCAGUUUCUGUGCUUUUUCUGAUCAGUAUUAUCGUGCUGAUUGUAAUGCAGUGCUCCAAAUCUACAGACUAUUCCUCCAAGUAUUUACAAGACACAAGUUAUGACGGAACACUGUGUCACAGCAUCCAGUACAGAUCCGGAGACAAACGGUAUAUGUUGGUUGGGCCCAGAAUGAGUGUUGGUUCUACCAUAGUCCCAGGCAGCAAUGGAAAUACACUGUUGGUACCAGAUCGUAGGACCAGAGUUUCUGGAGAGGUAAGAACGCGAGAUAGCUCCUCAUAA